AUGUGUUUAUUAGCCAUCUGUAUGUCUUACUUGGAGAAAUGUCUGAAUAAACUGGAUUUUUAUUUUUCUAGCAUUAUCCCUUCAGUACAUUCACUGUCUACUUUGUUAGUUUCAGUUCAACAAAUAGUUGAGUGCAUGCUAAAUCUCUAUUUGAUGGGGCUCAACAGUAACUCAACUUCCCUGGUGGCUCAGAUGGUAAGGCGUCUGCCUGCAAUGUGGGAGACCCGGGUUCAAUCCCUGGGUUGGGAAGAUCUCUUGGAGAAGGAAAUGGCAACCCACUCCAGUAUUCUUGCCUGGAAAAUCCCAUGGAUGGAGGAUCCUGGUAGGCUACAGUCCAUGGGGUCCCAGAGAGUUGGACAUGACUGA